AUGCAUAAGUUUGUCUCGAGAUUGUCCAAUGAGUUAGUCUUUGAGAGCAAGGCAGCCUUGUUGAUUAAGAACAUGGAUAUUUCUAGAUUGAUUGUGUAUAUUCACCAAGUGGAAGAAGAGAAGAAGAAGCAAGUUGAGCUUAGUGAUAGGCAGGGAAAGAAAUUUAGGCCUUCUGAGCAUAGUGGUAGAGAUGGUGACAAAUUUUAUGGUCAGAGUCAUCGUGGUCAGUAUGAGAAGGAGAGGAACAAAUAUUUUCAUUAUGGUCAAAUUGGGCACAUGCAGCAUGAGUGCCCCUCUUUAGCAGCUUGUUGGGCUAACAGGGCUCCCGUUGCUACUCCAUCUACUCCCGCACCGAACGGUGCUAUGUCUGUCUUUGCUUCUAUUUUUGGCACCGGUGUUGGCCGAAACCGCUUGUAUGAACUUGCUACUCGCCAGGAUUUUGAGGCAUCUCCCGAUAUUAUCACGGAUCUCAGUGAGGAACUUGGAUCAAUAAGUUCGCCGAUUACGGAUGAAAGAGGUGGCUUCGGUGAAAUUUCUAUGAAGGAACCAAAAGUCCGAGGAAGUUAUGUGGAAAGCAGAAGCAGAUAUAAAGUUCAAGUAUCUGCAUUUGUUUCCCAUUUUGGAAACUUCUGA